UUCAUGGUGGCCUGGAACGUGCCGACCCAGGACUGCAAGCCGCGCUUCCAGGUGUCUCUCGACUUCAGCCUCUUCGACCUGUGCGCCUCCCCCAACGAGGGCUUCGUGGGGCAGAACCUCACCAUCUUCUACAAGGAGCGCCUGGGGCUCUACCCUUACUACACCAGCCAGCGUGUGGCCGUCAACGGUGGGGUCCCCCAGAACAGCAGCCUGUCCGAGCACCUUGCCCGGCUCCAGGAGGACAUCGGCAAGUACAUCCGCUCGCCCACCAAGGAGGGGCUGGCUGUCAUUGACUGGGAGGAGUGGCGGCCCAUCUGGGCUCGCAACUGGAAGCCCAAGGACAUCUACCGGGAGGUGUCCCAGGAGCUGGUGCAGCAGCGGAAGCACACCUGGUCCCACGAGGUGAACAAGCAGGCGGUGUUCGAGUUCGAGUCGGCUGCCCAGCAGUUCAUGGUGCUCACCCUGCGCGUGGCCAAGAGCUUCCGCCCCAAGCAGCUCUGGGGGUACUACCUCUUCCCCGAUUGCUACAACCACGACUACAGCAAGAACAAGGAGAGCUACACCGGGCAGUGCCCGGACGUGGAGAAGACACGCAAUGACCAGCUGUCGUGGCUCUGGAAGGAGAGCACGGCCCUUUACCCUUCCAUCUACCUCGAUCCACUCCUGGCGUCCACCCCCAACAGCCGCAAGUUCGUGCGGGCACGAGUGAUAGAGGCCAUGCGCAUCUCCCAGCAGCACCACGAUGGCUACUCCCUACCUGUCUUUGUCUACACCCGGCCCACCUACGUCCGCAAGCUGGACUUGCUCAGCCAGCUGGACCUGAUCUCCACCAUUGGAGAGAGUGCAGCACUGGGUGCAGCAGGGGCCAUCUUCUGGGGUGACGCAGACAACACUAAAAACCGGGACUCGUGCCAGGCCAUCAAGAACUACCUGGAGGGGGACCUGGGCCGCUACAUUGUGAACGUCACGACAGCAGCACAGCUCUGCAGCACCACGCUGUGCCAGGGCCGGGGCCGCUGCCUGCGCCAGAACGGCAAUGCCGACGUCUUCCUUCACCUCAACUCCAGCAGCUUCCAGCUGCGGCGCCGGGACAAGGACCACUCCCAGCGCCCCCUCUACUGGGCCGAGGGCAAGCUGUCCCCUGCUGACACCCUUUUCCUACGGACCCACUUCCGCUGCCACUGUUACCAGGGCUGGCAGGGCAGCAGCCGCCGGGGGGCCGCCCAUGGCCGCGGCUGCCGGUUGCCUGCCAGCCCCCGCAGCCGUGCUGACCCCCUGGCACCGCUGGGACUUGGGGUGCUGUUGCUGCUUGCAAGCUGGCACUGA